AUGAAACUGUUUCUUUCACUUGCUUUCGGUACUCUCAUGUUACUUGAAGCUUAUCGUCUAACUGACGAAACUGAUAGGCAAGCGUUGUUGGAGUUCAAGUCUCAAGUUUCUCAAGGCAAGAAAGAUGUGUUGUCCUCAUGGAAUAACUCGUUCCCUCUCUGUAGUUGGAAAGGGGUUAGAUGCGGUCACAAGCACAAGAGAGUCACUCUUUUGGACCUCAACGGGUUGCAGUUAGGUGGGGUAAUAUCACCAUCUAUUGGUAAUCUUUCUUUUCUCAUAUCACUUAAACUCUCUGAUAACUCUUUUGGUGGUACCAUCCCUCAAGAAGUUAGGAACUUGUUUAGGCUUAAACACUUGAAUAUGAGCUAUAAUUUUCUCGGAGGUGGGAUUCCGGUCGGUCUUUUUAAUUGCUCUAGAUUGGUAGAGCUUUCUUUGUUUUCAAAUCAUCUUGGAGAAGGUGUUCCUUCAGAAAUAGGGUCGUUGAGGAAGCUUGUUCUAUUAGAUCUUGGUCAGAACAACCUGAAAGGGAAGCUUCCUGCAUCUUUAGGAAACUUGACCUCACUCAUGGAAGUUAGCUUUACUGAUAACAGUAUAGAAGGGGAAGUUCCAGAUGAUAUAGCUAGAUUGACUCAGAUGGAGGCUCUUCAGUUAUCAUCUAACAAAUUCUCAGGCUCUUUUCCUCCCUCCAUCUACAAUUUGUCCUCAUUGGUGUUUUUAAACAUCUUUAGAAGCGGGUUCUCGGGUAGCCUAAAGCCUGAUCUUGGUCAUCUGCUGGCAAACCUUGAAGAGUUAACAAUGGGAAGGAAUUAUUUCAUAGGAGCCGUUCCGACAACACUUUCCAAUAUUUCUAGUCUUCAAACUUUGGGAAUGGAGUAUAACUUUCUAACAGGAAGUAUUUCUCCAAGCUUUGGAAAAGUAACAAGUUUGCAACAUCUGUCUUUUCUUGGUAAUGAUUUGGGUAGUCGCUCUGUUGGAGAUCUUGAUUUUUUUGGUGCUUUGACUAACUGCACCCAGCUCCAAGAGAUAGAUGUUGGUGAUAACAAGCUUGGUGGUGACUUGCCUCCUUCAAUUGCCAAUUUGUCUACCAACUUGGUCUAUCUAAGCAUUCAAAAAAAUCUCAUCACUGGAAACAUUCCCCAUGACAUUGGCAAUCUCAUAAGCCUACAAAGCCUUGGAUUACAUGAAAAUCGGUUAACAGGUCCACUCCCAACCUCUAUUGGUAAGCUUUUACAACUAGAGGGAUUAAAUCUCAAUUCAAAUAGAAUAUCAGGGGAGAUACCAACUUCUCUAGGAAACAUCACUCGAUUAGACUUACUUUACUUGUUCAACAAUAGUUUUGAAGGAGUAGUUCCGUCGAGUCUCAGUAAGUGUACCAACCUGAGAGUGUUGUGGCUAGGGUCUAAUAAGUUGAAUGGGAGUAUACCUCGAGGAAUAAUGAAAAUUCAGCGUCUUGUUCGCCUAGACAUGUCGAAUAAUUACUUAAUCGGUUCUCUGCCUGAAGAUAUUGGACAACUACAAAAUCUUGUUACACUUUCACUUGGCGGUAAUAAAUUAUCAGGGAAACUUCCAAAGACCUUGGGAAACUGUCUCACUAUGGAAAAUCUUUAUCUGGAAAGAAAUUUGUUUGAUGGAGAUAUUCCAAAUAUGAAAAGGUUGGUUGGUGUUAAAAGAGUUGAUUUGUCAAACAAUCAUCUCUCUGGAAGUAUACAUAGAUACUUUGCAAGCUUUCCCUUGUUGGAGUAUCUUAAUCUCUCUGUUAACAAAUUCGAAGGGACGGUGCCGAUGGAAGGAAAAUUUCUCAACUCUUCUAUCGUUUUGGUAUUUGGAAAUCAAAAGCUUUGCGGAGGCAUUAAGGAACUGAAGCUAAAGCCAUGCCUCUCACAACAACUACUAGUGGAGAAAAAAGAUUCCUCUCAUUUCAAGAAAGUUGCAUUUGGAGUAGGCGUUGGCAUAGCUUUGCUUUUGCUCUUGUUCAUAGCUUUAGCUUCUAGACGUUGGUUUAGAAAAAGAAAGAAGAACCAGCGGACCAAUAAUGCAGCUCCUUCCACAUUGGAGAUUUUCCAUGAGAAGAUAAGUUAUGGAGAUCUCCGAAAUGCGACAGAUGGUUUCUCUUCGAGCAAUAUUAUCGGGUCAGGCAGUUUUGGUACUGUGUUUAAAGCAUUGCUCCCGACAGAGAAAAAGGUUGUUGCAGUGAAAGUUCUGAACAUGCAAAGACGUGGAGCGAUGAAGAGCUUUACCGCAGAAUGUGAAUCUUUGAAGGACAUAAGACAUCGUAAUCUUGUGAAACUAUUGACAGCUUGUGCUAGUAUUGAUUUCCAAGGAAACGAAUUCAGAGCUCUCAUAUAUGAGUUCAUGCCUAAUGGAAGCUUGGAUAAGUGGCUACACCCAGAGGAAGUCGAAGAGAUCCAUAGGCCCUCAAGAACCUUGACACUUCUUGAAAGGCUUAACAUUGCCAUAGACGUGGCUUCAGUGUUGGACUAUCUUCAUGUUCAUUGUCAUGAGCCUAUAGCUCAUUGCGAUAUUAAGCCAAGCAACAUCCUUUUAGAUGAUGAUUUAACUGGUCAUAUUAGUGACUUUGGUCUAGCUCGCCUCUUCCUCAAGUUUGAUAAAGACUCCUUCCUCAAUCAACUAAGCUCAGCUGGAGUCAGAGGAACCAUCGGAUAUGCCGCUCCAGAAUAUGGAAUGGGAGGACAUCCAUCAACAUAUGGUGACAUAUAUAGCUUUGGGAUUCUCCUUUUGGAAAUGUUCACUGGAAAACGACCAACCAAUGAGUUAUUUGGGGGAAACUUUACCCUUAACAGCUACACCAAGUCGGCAUUGCCAGAAAGAGUAUUGGACAUUUCAGACAAAUCGAUUCUUCAUAGUGGUCUCAGAGUUGGCUUCCGUAUUGCUGAGUGCUUGACACUGCUUUUGGAGGUGGGACUUAGGUGUUGUGAAGAAUCUCCGGCGAACAGGUUGGCAACGAGUGAAGCUGCAAAGAAUCUGAUCUCAAUCAGAGAGAGGUUCUUUAAAGCUAGAAGUUGAAGUGUCUAUGGUUUUGUCUAUAAUAUCAUCUUUCAUAAUUUGCAGUCUAUCUGUUAAACAUAUUAAUGCU